AUGUCUCUCCGGUUUUCUGGCGGAUCCAGGCACGUUAGCCUACAGUCAGGAUCCCUCAGGCCACCCAGCGGAGGCGCAGGAUUUGCAGGCGGCAGUGCGGGUGGCAGUUCGGCUGCUGGUAGUGGAUUUUCUUGGGCCUUAGGAGGGACACUGAGCGGUGGCCCCGGUGGGAGCCAUGCCGCUGGUGCCCUGGGAAAUGCUGGUGUGGGCUUCCCUGGAAACGAAGGAGGUCUCCUCUCUGGGAACGAGAAGGUCACCAUGCAGAAUCUUAACAACCGCUUGGCCUCUUACCUGGAUAACGUGAAGGCUCUGGAGGAGGCAAACGCUGAGCUAGAGAGACGGAUCAAGAACUGGCAUGAGAAAUACGGACCCGGUUCUUGCCGUGGACUCGACAACGACUACAGCCAGUAUCAUCUGACCAUCGAGGACCUUAAAAGCAAGAUUAUCUCUUCCACGGCUGCUAAUGCUAAUAUAAUUCUGCAGAUUGAUAAUGCCAGAUUGGCUGCUGACGACUUCCGACUAAAGUACGAAAAUGAACUCACCCUUCACCAAAAUGUAGAGGCGGAUAUCAACGGAUUGCGCCGUGUCCUUGACGAGCUGACCCUCUGCAGGACGGACCAGGAGCUGCAGUAUGAAUCCCUCAGUGAGGAGAUGACCUAUCUCAAGAAGAACCACGAAGAGGAAAUGAAGGUUCUGCAGUGCUCAGCGGGUGGCAACGUGAACGUGGAGAUGAACGCUGCCCCAGGCGUGGACCUCACCGUCCUGCUGAACAACAUGCGAGCCGAGUACGAGGCCCUGGCUGAGCAGAACCGCAGGGACGCCGAGGCAGGGUUCCAAGAAAAGAGUGCGACGCUGCAGCAGCAGAUCUCCAAUGACAUGGACGCAGUCACCUCGGCCAGGUCGGAGCUGACGGAGCUGAAGCGCUCCCUGCAGACUCUGGAAAUUGAGCUGCAGUCACUCUCAGCAACGAAACACUCACUGGAGUGCUCCCUGGCGGAGACCGAGGGCAACUACUGCUCUCAGCUGGCGCAGAUCCAGGCUCAGAUCAGCGCCCUGGAGGAGCAGCUGCACCAGGUCAGGACCGAGACCGAGGGCCAGAAGCUGGAACACGAGCAGCUGAUGGACAUCAAGGCCCACCUGGAGAAGGAGAUCGAGACCUACUGCCGCCUCAUCGACGGAGACGAAAAUACCUGCUCCGGUUCAAAGGGCUUUGAAUCUGGAAGCUCGGGGAAUUCAUCCAAAGAUUUGUCCAAAACCACACUGGUAAAGGCGGUGGUUGAAGAAAUAGAUCAGCGUGGGAAGGUCCUGUCCUCAAGGAUCCACUCCAUCGAGGAGAAGAUGUCUAAGAUGAGCAACGGCAAGGCUGAGCAGAGGGUUCCCUUCUAG